AAGAUGGGCGUCUUUGGCGCGGUUUCUUUAGUUGAAAAGUGAUUCCAGUGAAAUGACAAUCAUCUCAACUGAUCACAAUGCCUUCACAGGUUAUCAUGGGUUGGAUUCUGGAUUAUCUGGGUGAUGUAUUUUGGGAAGAAUUCAAGGAACAAAGCACUCUUGAUUAUGAUGCCAAGAGAAAACUCUUUCAAGGCAUACUGUGUCAGAAAAUGAAAUUGGGAGUAGACAGAAUAAGAUUAAGAAACUUCUUAGUACUUUUGGUGCACCUGGUUGACGGCCGAGAUGUCAAAGCCAUUCAUAAAGAUAACCAACAUGACACGCCCCUCGAAGAGGCCCUCGGGUGUUUUGAAUUGGUCAUGUCCGACUUGGAGUGUGAUUGCACAGAGAACGAGGUUGAACAGUUUCGAGACAUCAUGAAGGAACAGGCCGUGAUUGUAUGCUGUAGAUCAAAAGAUUUUGACAAGGCCCAUCUUGUGUUCCUGAAUUUAUUUGGUGAAACUGUACAAGAAGACCCUUCAAAACCAGACUCAAGGACAAGGGUCAAAGUGCAGCGGCAGCUCCAGUCGUUUAUCAAUGACAAGAAAGUCAGUCAGCGAUUCCUGGAUCUCCACUCUUAUGAGAACUUCCUACAAGAAGCAAAGACAUUCUUGCAGAAGAUUUACAGCACAUUCGAACCUCCCAUGUUACUCUCAGCACAAAGGAAAGCCGACCAGCAGAAACCAGGAAUAAUUGAUGCAAUUGAUGAUGACAUUUCUUUGUCAUCAAAGGCGGGCACAUCUACAAGAAGAUUCUCUCAGCAAAAAGGUCUUGGGAAGCCACCACGUAGCCUGUUGGACAGACAUCACAGAGGUGAUGACACAUCAAACGAGAACAGGUUGCCAACUUUCGAGACUAAAGACAACAGUGGCACCUCGAAGGAACUGAGAGGAAUAUCACCCCGCAAGAGAAAGUGUACUGACACCAACACCGAAAAGGGCGUGUACACCUUAGCGGAAUUGAAAGCUGCUACGCCUUCACUAACAGAAAAAGACUGGAUGGACAUCAAAACAACAUCUAAUCCGUUGCAAAGUGACUCCAAAGAAGAGAGUACUCCGACAGUGUCUACUCAAAGAAGGGGAAACUCAAUCCAGGACAAGAAGUACAUUCCGAAUAGAAACCAGGUUCUGUAUAGCCGAUCAUCACCAGAGAAAGCAGAAGACACCAAAGAUGAUCUCAUGUCUUUUGGGUCUGGUUCUGACACAAGUCUUCACUCCGACAUGACCUCCCCAACCCGAAAGUCGCCGAAAAAACACCAUAGCCAUCACAAUCAUGGUUUUAUGCAGCUGAGUAACAAGAAGCAAUUCUGGACCCCUGAGGAGUGUGACCUGUUGAAGAAAGCCGUUGCCCACUUUGGCCCUGGCAAGUGGUCUCAAAUGAGAAUGGCAUACGAUUUCAACGGGCGGACCAACGUCAAUCUCAAGGAUAAAUGGCGUAAUAUGCUACCUUAUUAUACCCGUGGGUGAAAAGAAGCAACUAUAGUGAAGCAUCUUGCUCAAGGACAAAAGUGUAACGACGAGGACUCGAACCCUAACUCCGAUGACUUAACCACCAGAACUUGAAUUUGAUGCUCUUUUUUCAUGUUUUCUGCUGAUUACUGGUUCACCAGAGCAUUAACUUUCAAAUAAAAUUGAAUAAGCUUGGUGAAAAAAGCAAUGGACACUAUUGGUAGUUACUCAAAAUAGC